AUGGCACUGCCUCCCAGUCCCCUGGCCAUGGAAUAUGUCAAUGACUUUGACUUGAUGAAGUUUGAGGUAAAGCGGGAACCCUUGGAGGGGCGAUCUGGCCCCCCGACAGCCUCACUGGGCUCCACACCCUACAGCUCAGUGCCUCCAUCACCCACCUUCAGUGAGCCAGGCACGGUGGGGGCCACCGAGGGCACCCGGCCAGGCCUGGAGGAGCUGUACUGGCUGGCCACCCUGCAACAGCAAUUGGGGGCUGGGGAGGUGCUGGGGCUGAGUCCUGAGGAGGCCGUGGAGCUGCUGCAGGGUCAAGGCCCAGUCCCUGUUGAAGGGUCCCACCCCUACUACCCAGGGAGCCCAGAGGAGACUGGAGCCCAGCAUGCCCAGCUGGCCGAGCGGUUUUCGGACGCGGCGCUGGUGUCGAUGUCUGUGCGGGAGCUAAACCGGCAGCUGCGGGGCUGCGGGCGCGACGAGGCGCUGCGGCUGAAGCAGAGGCGCCGCACGCUGAAGAACCGCGGGUACGCGCAGGCCUGUCGCUCCAAGCGGCUACAACAGCGGCGCGGGCUGGAGGCCGAGCGCGCCCGCCUGGCCGCCCAGCUGGACGCGCUGCGGGCCGAGGUGACCCGCCUGGCCAGGGAGCGCGACCUCUACAAGGCUCGCUGUGACCGGCUGGCCCCGAGCGGCCCAGGGCCGGAGGCCACGCCCAGUUCUUCCUCUGAGCCACUGGCCGCGGAGUGGUGGAGUCGGUGGGCAGGUGGCGCGCACCACCCGGGAGGCGGCUGUACCAUUCACUAG